CGCGGGAGUGCUUUUCGGCACGGUGUUGUCCAUCACUUGCUAGCUCCACCUUUUCCCACAGAGAGGCUAGAAUUCUAAACACGCUGAAUUUCUACUGCCAGUGACUGUAGCCUCCUUAGUCUCAUUGACUAUAGGGUGAUCUGUUGGACUACAGGCAGUUAGUUGCUGCAUCUGCCCAGCAAUACAUACAGCAAAAGAAUAUACUCGCAGAGGAGUGGGUGCAUGAAAAGAGACAUUAUGAUUAUGUCGACUAUCAGAACAGCAAAACAAGCAUUAAGAGAAGAAAUAAAAAAGAAAGUUGCUACACUCAGUGAGCAGAACAAAGCAAGGCAGUCUUUUUUGGUAACUGAGAAGGUCAUUGCACAUCCUAGCUACCAGAAUGCCCAGCGAAUUGCUGUCUUCCUGAGUAUGCAAGAUGAAGUACAGACUGAGGGAAUCAUUAAGCAUGCUUUUCAGUCUGGUAAACAGUGCUUCAUCCCACGGUACAUGGCAAGGAGCCACCACAUGGAUAUGGUAAAGCUGGCCUCUAUUGAAGAGAUUAAAUCCCUUCCAUUGACUACGUGGAAUAUUCAUCAACCUGCUUUUGAGGAUACCAGGGAAGAGGCUUUGGCAUCAGGGGGACUUGAUCUUGUCCUCAUGCCUGGUCUUGCAUUUGAUAAGAAUGGAAACCGACUAGGCAGAGGAAAGGGAUACUAUGACGUUUAUCUUCAACGAUGCUUACAGCAUCCAAAUGGAAAACCUUACACACUUGCCUUGGCCUUUAAAGAACAGAUUUGUGAUUCUGUCCCUGUGGGAGAGAGUGAUAUACAGAUAGAUGAUGUUUUGCAUGGUGGAGAGUGACCUUUUGCUUGCUUACACACUAGUAUUAGUGUCAUGACCCUCCUGUUCUGUGCCAGUACUUUCCAAUCCUGUGCCAUUCUCACUUACCCAAUCCUGACAAGUAAUUUUACUUGGAGUUGUGUAGAAAUUGAUUUUUAAUUUUAAUUCUCAUAAUUCAUACUGAUUCUGCAUCCAAUGAUGGAUAAGUGCAGUAAAUUUAAAUGUGGACUGAAAUGACUUGCCUGACAAAUUUAAUAACAUCAAGGUUUUGUUUCAAGCUUUUAAACAUUAGCAAUAUUUACAGUUUUUAAUUUAUAAAAAAUUUAACCUGGACUGCUUUAGCUAUUAGGUCAUGUUUAGUCAAUCAGUUUUAAUAAAGAUAUGUUUGCAUUGUA